AUGGCGCUUACGGAUUCAAAAAAGAAGGCCACUUCGAAACGAAAACGCGAUGAACCAGAGCAGGAACAAACUCAUACCCUCACCUCUCAAUUGGAGAUGUUGACCGACGAGGAGGGAGACGACGACAACGCAGGCGACGUAUCUGACGAUGGAGAAUACGACGAAUUCCCUGAAAUAGAUGCUGAAAGUGACAGUGAAGAGGAGGACGAAGAGGAGGACGAAGAGGAUGAAGAAGACGAACCUGAUAUCAGCGACGAGGAAGAUUCGGACUCGGACGAAUCUUUGCACGUCUUCCCCAAGGCGAAAACCGUGGUUUCUGAUAUCACUGGCCAACAAAAACGCGUCUAUCCCGAAAUUGAACCUGAUUACGACUCGGAUUCCUCCACUGAAGACUCUCCCAACAGAGUCGGCAAUGUUCCAAUGCAUUGGUAUGAUGACUUGCCGCACAUUGGCUACGACAUAAAUGGGAAGCGAGUUCUUCGACCCGCCAAGGGCGAUGAAUUGGACAAAUUUUUGGCGACGAUUGAGGACCCGGAUUCCUGGUGCGUUCAGCGUUUGCAUAUGGCUGGAAAGCAUGUCCUGAUUAUGAGUAGGACUUCUGCGUUUGACAAAAAGAUGCAAAUGGACAAACCCUUGACUUCCGAAGAACUUGACAUCAUCCAACGCUUGUAUGCUGGAGAAAAUCCGGACGCGACUUACGAUCCCUACGAGCCCAUGGUUGAAUGGUUCACUGGAAAAGGAAAGGAAGAGAUCAUGCCUUUGUCUGCUGCGCCAGAACCUAAACGUCGCUGGGUUCGAAGUAAAUGGGAAAAGCAAAAGAUCAUGAAAAUCGUUCGAGCAAUCCGCCAAGGGCGCAUUGUUCCAAACAAACCAAAAACAUCUUCCAAGCAAUUCGAGUUCUACUCCAUUUGGUCGUCGGAACCAUCGUCUUCCCAACCACCUCCCCUUCCAGCACCGAAACGCCCCCUACCAACCAAUGCAGAGUCUUAUAAUCCCCCUGAAGAAUACCUUCCGACAGAAGAAGAGAAGCAGGAAUGGCUCAAGCAAGAUCCUGAAGACAGGGAACGCGAUUUUCUUCCACAGAAAUUCUCUUCUCUUCGCCAUGUCCCAGCGUACGACCAGUUCAUCAAGGAAAGAUUCAACCGCCAGUUGGAUCUUUACCUUGCUCCUCGAAUUCAGCGCGUUAAACUCAACAUUGAUCCUAAUUCGCUGAUCCCCAAGCUGCCUAGCCCCAGCAGCUUAAAACCUUUCCCUAACUAUCGCAGCCUCCUUUUCACGCAUCCCAAGGGACGUGCAAGGUGCGUCAGUGUUAGCCCAGAUGGCGCCUGGGCAGUUAGUGGAGACGAAGACGGUGUCGUUAGCCUAUGGGAAGUCAACGUUGGCUGUGAGAUCAGGCGAUGGAAGUUCGAGGGCAAGAUAGGAUCACUCGAGUGGUGUCCAAGGGCGGACGCCUGUUACUUUGCUGUGGGAAUCGAGGAAACUAUCCAUUUCCUUAUUCCCCCGAAUCUUGACCCAACGGUUUUGGCGUUGACACAAACCCUUUUGGCUCCCUCAACCCUGCCCCCGGCCCCGGCGACUCCCUCAGCUGUCAAAUGGUCCAGUUCUUCGUUAAGCUCGUGGUCAGUCGAGCAACCUAUCCUAUCCCUCAACCUUCCACCCUCUUCUGGCCUUCCUACCCAAAUCAGUUGGCACAAAAAGGGCGACUACAUUGCCACCGUUUCGAGCGGCGGUGCUCAGAAUGGCGUUUGGAUUCACCAGUUCACCCGAAGACACUCACAGGCGCCAUUCAAGAAAAUCAAGGGCGCGGUUCAGCAAGUCCUUUUCCAUCCGAUAAAGCCGCACUUCUUCGUUGCAACCCAGCAAUAUGUCCGGUUGUACAACCUCGCGGAACAGAAGCUCAUCAAAACGCUCCAACCUGGUAUCAGGUGGAUAUCAUCCAUGGAUGUCCACCCGUCUGGCGAUCAUGUUAUUGUUGGUGGCUACGAUCGAAAAUUGUGCUGGUUCGACCUUGAACUGAGUGAAAAACCUUACAAGGUCUUGAGAUACCAUUCCCGAGCUAUUCGAUCUCUCCACUUCCACCCUACAUAUCCCCUCUUCGCUUCCUCUUCAGACGACGGAUCAAUACAGAUAUUCCAUGCCAGAGUGUACAACGAUCUUAUGACCGAUCCGCUUAUUGUCCCUCUCAAGAUUUUGCGCGGCCACCAAAUAACCGAUGGGUUGGGAAUCCUUCAAGUAAAAUGGACGCCUAAACACCCUUGGCUCCUCAGCGCAGCGGCAGAUGGGACAGUGGCGGUAUGGUGCAGUUAA